AAGAUGGCCACUAACUGACGCGUCUCCCGAUUGAUUUUUUUUCUCCACAUUAGUUCUAACACCGUUUGCAGCAAAAUAAAAUAUAAUACAGUCCAAGCAACCGCAUACUGCCGAAAAUAAAUGUGCCAUUGCACACCCGCCGCGCUUAUAAAUAAACAGUACCGCAACCAUAACCUGUGCUGGAUCGUCUCGUUCUUCGAUCGCGGUUUUACGUGAAUAUAUUCGUGUUAUUCUCAUCACCGAUUUCAACACGGCCCUAGGCCCGGUAAAGACGGAUUCUAUGUGCCUUUAUCUAUGGGAUAACUGUCAUCGACACCAUUUAAACCAUAUGAUUCCUAGACGCAAUGCGGAAGUGAAAUCUAGCUAGCUAACUGAUGAAGUUAUAGAUAAACAAAUUAGAAAGAAAAAUAAUUUCCUUCCGAAAGGACAACAAAGAUAAAACACGCACAUGCGUUAUAAGUCAGAGAGAAUCGAAAUCAGUUUGAUGCCUUCUGCAAUUCCGACUCGGAGAGGCGUUUGAAUAUUUUUGACAGUUACGCGGGACAAAGAUGGCGUCGUGUUUCUCCGGCAGCCAUUUUGGGCCUGGCAGCCAAGAAUACAUUCCAGUAGCUGAAUUUUACGCGGAUAAGUCUGUUUUUGUUACUGGCGGUACAGGAUUUAUGGGAAAGGUGCUUGUUGAGAAAUUGUUAAGGAGUUGUCCAAAGAUUAAGAAGAUUUACCUCCUGAUGCGGCCUAAACGUGGACAAGAUGUCGCCUCUCGUCUCACCGAACUCACACAAUCACCUUUAUUCGAAACAUUGAGGAAGGAGCGGCCACAGGAGCUGAACAAGAUCGUGCCGAUUGUCGGCGACAUCACAGAACCAGAACUCGGCAUCAGUCCCGCGGACCAGGCUAUGUUAUGUCAGAAGGUGUCGGUUGUAUUCCACUCGGCGGCGACAGUAAAGUUCGACGAGAAACUGAAGUUGUCCGUUACAAUCAACAUGCUGGGCACGCAACAGCUGGUGCAGUUGUGUCACCGCAUGCUGGGACUCGAGGCUCUGGUGCACGUAUCAACGGCAUACUGCAACUGCGAGCGGGAGCAAGUAGAAGAGACUGUGUACGCACCGCCUGCGCACCCUGAGCACGUCGUCACACUCGUACAAACUCUGCCUGACGAUCUGGUUGAUAGGAUCACACCAGAUUUAGUAGGAGACAGGCCUAACACGUACACAUUCACAAAGGCUCUUGCAGAAGAUAUGCUUAUAAAGGAAUGCGGUAACUUACCUGUCGCCAUUGUCAGACCAUCUAUAGUACUAUCGUCACUUCGGGAGCCAGUAAAGGGUUGGGUGGACAAUUGGAAUGGACCCAAUGGCAUCAUCGCAGCCGUGGGCAAGGGCAUCUUCCGCACGAUGCUGGGCACAGGCGGCCGCGUUGCCGACCUCGUGCCUGUCGACACAGUCAUCAACCUCAUGAUAGUCUGCGCCUGGAGGACGCAUUUCAAACGUGGCGAGGGCGUGGUAGUGUACAACUGCUGCACCGGCCAACAGAACCCAAUCACGUGGCAGCGCUUCGUCAAGACCAGCUUCAAGUAUAUGAGAAAACACCCAUUCAGUGAAGUGGUGUGGUACCCGGGCGGCGACAUCACGGGCAACCGCGUGAAGCACGGCGCACUGUCGCUGCUGCAGCAUCGCUUGCCGGCGCACCUCAUGGACCUCGUCUCCCGCGCCACCGGCAACAAGCCCAUGAUGGUCCGCGUGCAGAACAAACUGGAGAAAGCGUCGGCGUGCUUGGAGUAUUUCACGACGCGCCAGUGGGCGUUCGCGGACGACAACGUGCAGGCGCUAUGCGGCGCGCUGGCCGCCGACGACCGCGCCACAUUCGACUUCGACGUCACCAACAUUGACUGGGAUGCCUACAUUGAGUCCUACGUGCUCGGCAUCCGGAGGUUCCUCUUCAAGGAGAGCCCAGACACACUGCCCAAGUCGCGCUCCGUUCUCCGGAGGUUACAUAUAGUGCACAUUGUGACUCAAGUGGCGACCGUGUUGUUCCUGUGGAGAUUCCUGUUCAGCCGCUCCGACGCGCUGCGGAACAUUUGGCGUCGCAUUGUUGAUUAUUUAACGCGCGCGGCGCGCCUCCUGAUGGCCAUCGCUUGAUGCUGCGCGCUUUUGAACGUUGAAAGCACGCAUCAUUGACUAUGAAUAUGCUUCCGUACUCGCUGCGACAAAGUACCUUAAUUUCACGCUGACGUUCGUUACAAGAUGGCGGCCGGACAAAAACCCGCGAAAGUUGACACCAAUAGAUAUUAAUAAGAUAACGGCAAAUAAAUCGGUUUAGGGAUAUUUUUCUCGUAUUGUAAGCUUCAUAUGAGCUGUUGAAUUUUUGCUUCCACGAAAACGAUGCGAUGAGACUUAUAUUAACCUAAAAAUUAAUUGUUAUUUGUGACAGUAUGAAAGGUUUUUUUAGGUAGCGAAUUUUAACUUCUCGAGCGCUAGUUGAUAGUUCUGUUGUAUCGUUGGUUAUAUUUAAAAUGUUAAUUCCAAAUGAUUUUGUACCUACAUUUCAGCUCAAUAAGUAUUUUCAAAUAUAGUCAAAUCCUGUUAUCGCAUAGUAAUAUUUAUACAAUAGUGUGUCGCUACUGAUGGGCUACUGAUUAAAGUCGUU